GUUCAUUAGUUUGUACAUGGUAUGGGAGCAUUGGGAAUUUCGGUAGCUUCAUCCGUUAGCGGAUGAAGAGUCGCGACUAAGUCCGUCGCCCGUGUUCAUCUGCUUCGCCGUCACCUGUGUUCAUCCCCAUCGCCACCAAUUGAAAGGUUCAAGUUCUCUACCCAAUUAUUGAAUUAUUCAAUUCAAUUGGCAAGUGGGUAGGCCACUGUCCGUCACUGUCCAGGAGCUUUAUUAUUAUUUUUUUUUGAUGGCGUCCGAAGCAUCAUCAGACACAAAGAGGGCACGCCUUAUCCACGACCCAUCAUCAAUUUAUUAUCUUCAUCCGUCGGAAGGUCCCGGUAAUUCUUUAACCAAGUUCCUUCUCAAAUGUGAUAACUUUGAUAUAUGGGAAAAAGCGAUUCGUAAUGCGUUAGGAGGACGUGGUAAAUCUAUUUUUUUGUCUCCGGUGGAUGUUCCUAAACCUGUUGAUGAAAAUGAAUUAUCGGCUUGGUAUGCUAAUCACCAAAUUAUCUGUAGUUGGAUUUUCAACAGUGUUGAUGAAUCCAUUCAACCUAGUAUUGUGUCUCACACUAUAUCAUCUGAAUUAUGGGAUGAUCUUAGAAAGAGAUAUAGUUGUUCCAAUGGGCCUCGUAUAUAUCAGUUGAAAUCUGAAUUGACUUCUCUCCGUCAAAAGGGCCAAAGUGUUGUCUCUUACUACAACCAAUUUAUUACUUUGUGGAAGCAACUCAAUGGUCUGUCUGAUCCGACGGAUGGUUGCAAGUGUGAGGCUGCCGUGGCUACACGUGCCCGUAUUGAACGAGAUAAAACAAUUGAUUUUUUACUUGGAUUAGAUGAUGAGCAGUUUGGUAAUAUACGUUCCCAAAUUCUUGGAACGGAACCUGUGCCUGAUAUUGAUCGUGCAUACUAUCUCAUCUCUCAAGAAGAGAGACACUGUGGAAUCAUUCGUGCCCGUGAUGAUCGAACUGAAUCCGUUGCCUUUGCUACUCGCCAAGAUCGUCGUCCACCUUCUUCCGGACGAUUGUUGUGCUCACAUUGUGGUAGGACAAAUCACAACGUGGAUACAUGUUUUGAACUUGUUGGUUUUCCUGCUCAUUACGGAAGGGGUGGAGGGGGUCGCGGUGGUGCAUCUCGUGGGGGUCGUAGUGGCAGCAGACCUGGUGGGGUUCGGCCAGGUGGCAGCAUGGGUGGCAGACAUGCUGGCGGCUUUGGACAUCAUGCGGCCAGCAGAGGCAGUAAUCUGCCAUCUCAUACCAGCGCCGAGGUGUCCCAGAAUAAUGCUAAUUCUUGAGUUGUUAAUGCUACUAAAAUUGAUACCGGAGGGGCCCUUAGUGAUCAGAUGAAUCGAUUGAUGUCUAUGUUGGAAGCUUCCGCUUCUCAUGCUUACACUGGUACCUCUUUUUCCUCUUGUGAGUGGCUAAUUGAUAGUGGUGCUUCGCACCAUAUGACUGGCGUUCUAUCUCAUCUGUUUGAUAUUGAGGAAGUUUCUCCCCAAUCUAUUUGUCUGCCUGAUGGCUCUCGCAUACAUGCCGUUAAAAAGGGGAGCGUUCGCUUGUCAUCUACUUUGGUUCUUCAUAAUGUGUUUUAUGUACCAAAUUUACACUGUCACUUAAUUUCGGUUGGUUGUUUGGUUCUUGAAACCCCCUGUUAUGUAACUUUUAAUGAUCAUUGUUGUGUAAUACAGGACCGUUCGUCGAAGAUGGAGAUUGGACGGGGUGAUCUUCGGAAUGGUGUGUAUGUCUUUGCUUCUCCUCCUGCGUCAGCUCUUGUUGCUCAUACCGA